CUAGCCUCCAUGCUCAACGGCAAGCAGAUCGUGUUGAUCAUCAGCGGCGGAAUUGCCGCCUACAAGUCGCUUGAUCUCAUCCGGCGGCUCAAGGAACGUGGUGCGCGUGUUAUCCCGGUCAUGACCGCAGGCGCUCAGGAGUUCAUCACUCCGCUUGCCGUGGGUGCGCUUUCAGCCGAGAAAGUCUUCACAAGCCUGUUCGACCGGGAGGCCGAACACGAUGUCGGCCACAUCCGACUGGCCCGGGACCAUGACCUCGUCCUGAUUGCGCCGGCAACGGCAAACCUGAUGGCAAAGACGGCCCACGGUAUCGCCGACGAUCUUGCCACAGCCGUGCUGCUGGCAACGGACAAACCUGUCCUUGUCGCACCAGCGAUGAAUCCAAAGAUGUGGCACAACGCUGCGACGACACGCAACAUCACCAUCCUGCAAGAACGCGGCAUCAGGUUCGUUGGACCUGCGAGAGGCGAGAUGGCAGAAAAGGGUGAAGCCGGUGUCGGCCGGAUGAGCGACCCCCUGGAGAUCGUUGCCGCUGCCUCGGCGGUUUUGCGCGAUGAGGAAAUCAGGCAGAACCGUCUUCCGCUGGCCGGCAAGCAUGUCCUGAUCACUUCCGGCCCGACCCACGAGCCCAUCGAUCCCGUGCGCUAUAUCGCGAACCGUUCAUCGGGCAAACAGGGCCACGCUCUGGCGGUGGCCGCCUAUGAAGCAGGUGCGCGCGUGACGCUGGUGUCCGGUCCGGUUGACCUGGCAGAUCCCGACAAUAUCGACACAAUUCGUGUUGAGUCGGCGGCAGACAUGCUUUCCGCCGUCAAAUCAUGCCUUCCUGCCGACAUAGCGAUCAUGGCAGCCGCAGUGGCCGAUUGGCGAGUCGCGUCCGAAGGUGCACAGAAGAUCAAGAAAGACGGUAGCGGCAAGCCACCGGCGCUCGGGCUCGUCGAAAAUCCCGAUAUUCUGGCAACGGUCGGACAUCACGAAAGUCUGCGCCCGAAACUGCUGAUCGGCUUUGCCGCUGAAACACAGAACCUGAUUGACAAUGCCCGCUCGAAGCUGGAGCGGAAAAACGCCGACUGGAUCAUCGCCAACGAUGUCAGCCCGGAAACGGGAAUCAUGGGUGGCGAUGCCAAUACGGUGCGCCUUGUCAGCCGGGAUGGCGUGGAAGACUGGCCCGAGAUGACCAAGGCCGAGGUCGCCCGACAGAUUGUCGCCCGGGCGGCGGCUGCGCUGGAUGAAUGA